AAGAGAGCCAGAUAUCUUAGAUAAUGGGAGUGAGAGCCAGUAAGCCAGGGAAACUGAUCGGAGCUAGAGUUGUUAAGAGACGAGGUGGCCCUCCAUUGGCUCCUAGAGGUUAUGUGCCCAUUUGCGUAGGAGUUAAUGAUGAUACCAGGAGAUUUAUAGUUCACAGAACGGCACUCGGUGACGCAGAGUUCACGGAGCUUCUCUGUAAAUCAGCUGAAGAAUAUGGUUUCUCUAAUCAAGGAGUUUUGAGGAUUCUACAUGAGGCAAAGGAUUUUGAGGAGUGGAUGAUCAGAAAAUCCAAGCUGAGGGUUGCUCGCGUUAAUCCAGUAUUAAUCCAAAGUCAUCAUGUCAAAGCAUGGAAGAACUCUAAUUGGGUAUGCAAAAUCAAGCCAAUAGAAUGCAAAAGCCUGGCAACGGGAAGCUGGAGAUAAGCAGUGAGCAACGGGAAGCUGGAGAUAAACUGGAGACAAAACAUAGCACCAGAAUGCUAUUGUACAUUGUGAUUUUAAUUAAGGGGUUUUGGUUAGUCUUUGUCUGCAAGCCAAAUCUACUUUGUAAAAUAUGCAUUACCAACCACAUACAAUAGCAUCAUCAACUAAAGCAUAAAAUAAUGUUUGUCAAAGCUUUAAUGCUACAGAAGCAUCUCUAACUACCCAAUCAUUUACACUUAAAUUAUGCAUUUCCCCUACCUCCUUUUGCAAAUCACUAAUUUAC